GAAGAGGGUACACUGAUGGGGUCAGCGUUUGGCGUCUGCUUCAUGUACUGGCUAGGAGUCUCCAGCAUCAUCUGGUUUGUUGCUUACGUUUGCAAUGUUCGAAUCGCCUUCUUACAGAUUCUUUCUAUGAUGGGCUAUGCUUUGUUUGGCCAUUGUGUUGUGCUUUUCCUGGGCACUGUCAUCCACACCUCUCACGACCAUAUGUUUUUCUACUUCCUGUGGGCCACUGUUGGAGGUCUCUCAACUCUGAGAAUGGCUGGCAUUAUCUUAUCCCGAGCUCGAGGGAAAACAGAGCGUCUGAUUGUGAUUGGUACAAUCGCCACGUUUCAUCUGCUCUUUCUACUGUAUUUACACUUUGCAUACCAUACGAUAGUCGAAGAAAUUUCAUAUGCAUUGCAAGACAGCAUAGUACCGCUGCCUGCAGCUCAACAAGACGUCCAACAGUUUAGUGAUGUCGCCGCAGAAAACAUGGUAUCACAGAAACAAGAAGACUAA